GCGGUCCCGUCACAAAAAGCCGGGGGGGACAGAUUGCGAAUAGGACGGGCCGACUUUUUCACCAUAAAUCGGAGCUGAGGGGAGGACGGGAGCCAUGGCUAUGUUCUCAGCUCUGGGAUUGUUUUUACUAUGCCAGCUUUUGACAUCAUCCCUUGCCCAGAGACCUGGACCCCGAGGGCCAGGAGGACCCCCAGGGCCUCCAGGAGUCCCAGGGAAAGACGGCAUAGACGGCAAACCUGGUCCAGCUGGGCUUGCUGGAAAGCCUGGGCCUAAAGGUCAACCUGGAAAGCCAGGGACAGCUGGAAGCCCUGGACUGCCUGGCCUGCCUGGAGUGGAUGGAUUGACUGGAGCUGAUGGCCUUGCUGGCAUAGAUGGACCUCCUGGAGUAGUAGGGGAAGCCGGACCUCCAGGACCAGCUGGACCACCUGGCAGGGGGAGAUCAGGAGCCCCAGGACCACCAGGAGCUAAUGGAUUGCUAGGCGGAGUAGGACCACAAGGGCCAGCAGGACCUGAGGGUCUGCCAGGACUUCCCGGCGCACCUGGGCUUGAUGGACCCCCAGGUCUUCCAGGGGCUCUUCCCGAUGGUAGCGGUGAUCUUUUGUGUCCAGCCAUUUGUCCCCCUGGCCCAUCUGGUCCUCCCGGAAUGCCAGGGUUCAAGGGCCACACCGGUCACAAGGGAGACAAGGGAGAGCUUGGAAAAGACGGAGAGAAGGGUGAUUCCGGCCCUCCUGGUCCUCCAGGUAUUCCAGGCACAGUGGGUCUCCAGGGUCCAAGAGGUCUGAGGGGACUGCAGGGCGCGGUGGGGGCCGUUGGAGACAGGGGAUAUCCUGGCUUCAGAGGCAAACAUGGCCCUCCUGGAAUCAUCGGGAAAACAGGAGAUCCCGGUGAGAGAGGACCAGAGGGUUUCAAAGGACCGAAAGGAGAGAUUGGUAAAAUUGGGCCUAAGGGAGUUCCAGGGCCAGCAGGACCCAAGGGGGAGCCUGGCAUUCCCGGCAGAGAUGGCAAGGACGGCACACAGGGAUUAGAUGGAGAGAAGGGAGAUGCCGGAAGACAUGGGGUGCCUGGUGAGAAAGGCCCCAACGGCCUGCCUGGUUUACAAGGAAGGGCUGGAACAAAGGGAGCCAAAGGAGGAGUUGGUGUCUCCGGAGAGAUGGGAGAAGCAGGACCCUCUGGAGAGCCAGGUAUUCCUGGUGACAUUGGAGUUCCAGGAGAGAGGGGAGAGGCUGGACCCAGAGGUGUGGUGGGUGGCCUUGGACCAGUGGGAAAUGUGGGACCUGAAGGAUCAAAAGGAUACCAGGGUGUUAAAGGAGCCCUUGGAGACCCUGGCCUUCCAGGGCCAACAGGAAUCAGAGGAGGAUUUGGUGAGCGGGGUCCUGUGGGAGCAUCUGGCCCUAAAGGAGAUAUGGGUGUGGCCGGAAGUGAUGGUUUGCCAGGAGAAAAUGGCGAGCCUGGUCCAUUUGGCCCGGUUGGACAAAAAGGAGAGUCUGGGAAGCGUGGUGAGCUGGGGCCGAAGGGCGUGACUGGACCCCAGGGGGAGAUGGGCGCCAGAGGACCUCCGGGAAAGACUGGCCUGAUGGGACUGCAGGGAGAGCAGGGUCUGAGUGGCAUCGCUGGAAAGUCAGGCGUGCCCGGAAAGCUGGCCAGUGAGCAGCACAUCAGAGAGCUCUGUGGAUCAAUGAUUGAUGAUCAGAUUGCGCAGUUGGCUGCCAACCUGAGGAGGCCACUUGCACCAGGAGCAGUGGGCCGCCCCGGCCCAGCCGGUCUCCCAGGAAAACCAGGAGAGGUUGGAUCCGUAGGACACCCAGGCGCCCGUGGAGCCCCAGGAUACAGAGGCCUUCCCGGAGAGCUGGGCGACCCCGGCCCCAGAGGUUCUGUUGGAGAGCAAGGAGACAAGGGAACAAUUGGCAAGGCAAUUGAUGGGCCACCUGGUGACCAAGGAGAGGAAGGUUUGCCAGGAGUGCAUGGAAUUGUUAAAGAUGGCCGCGAUGGCGCCCCUGGAGACCCGGGAGAGCCAGGAGAACCAGGCCGAACGGGCCGCACCGGACACCAGGGCCCACCCGGCAUCUGUGACACGUCCGCCUGCCAUGGGGCAUCCGUGGCCGGGAAGAGCCACAAUACCAAGAACCAUUAGACAAAUACUCGACCUCACC